AUGAGCUGCUCCACUGAUGUUCGGCUCUUUGAUUUGGGCCUGUUCCCCAGAUGUUCUAUCCGCUGCGGAGACAUUCGGAAAGGCGUGCAACUGGCUACUAAUUCGCCCAGCAAACUCCUGAAGAAAGAAUGUGCCGAAAUACUGGAAGGCAUGAAGCAAUACAACGAGGCGGCCGUGCUGUUCGAGAAGGGCGCGCUGUACGACCGGGCGGCGCAGAUGUACAUCAAGCUAAAGAACUGGAACAAGGUGGCCGAGCUGCUGCCACAAGUUCAGAGUCUCAAGAUACACUCACAGUAUGCCAAGGCGCGCGAGGCCGAGGGCAAGUACAAGGAGGCGCUGGCCGCCUACGAGACGGCGCGCGAAUACGACAGCAUGGUGCGCAUCCUGCUGGACCACCUCAACAACCCGCAGCAGGCCGUCGCCGUCGUGCAGGAGUCCAAGAGCGUGGAGGGCGCCCGUCUGGUGGCCAAAUUCUUCAUGAAGAUGGGCGACUUUGCUUCGGCCAUUCAGUUUUUGGUUAUGUCCAAGUGCAUCGAGGAGGCGUUUAACCUGGCUCAGAAGCACGGCAAAAUGGACACCUUCGCCGACAUCAUCGGAAAUGACGGCCGUCCAGAGGACUACCGCAGCAUGGCGCUGCACUACGAGAAUUCCAUGAACUACUUCCUGGCUGGCAAGUUCCAUCACAUGUCCGGAGACUCGACCAAGGCGAUCAAGCUGCUGCUGAAGGGCGGCCCAGGGGUUUUGGCCAAGCAGGUGAUUGACUUCCUGCUGGGCGAGCAGGACGGCGUGCCCAAGGACCCCAAGUACCUGUUCCGGCUGUACAUGGCGCGCAAGAUGUACCGCGAGUCGGCCAAGACGGCCGUCAUCAUCGCCAAGGAGGAGCAGAAGGUUGGCUCGUACCGAAACGCCCACGACAUGCUGCUAGGCAUGUACCAGGAGCUUCGGAAGCACAAGAUACGCGUGCCGAACGAGCUGGCGUCCAACAUGAUGAUGCUGCACUCGUACAUCCUGGCGCGGAUCCACGUCAAGCGGAACGAGCACCUGAUGGCGGCGCGCCUGCUUAUCAGGGUCGCCAACAACAUCUCCAAGUUCCCAGCCCACACCGUGCCCAUCCUGACUUCGACGGUGAUCGAGUGCCAGCGCUCCGGUCUCAAGAAAUCGUCGUUCCAGUUCGCCGCCACUCUAAUGAAGCCCGAGUACCGGGACCAGGUGGAUGCCAAAUACCGCAAGAAGAUCGAGGCGGUGGUGCGCAAGCCGGCCAAAACGGAGGAGGAGGAGUUCCCGGCCGCCUGUCCGUUCUGCGAUAACAUGAUCGCGGAGACCGAGCUCAACUGCGACAAGUGCAAGCACACGCUGCCCUACUGCAUCGCCUCCGGCCGUCACGUAGUCAAAGACGACCUCACAGAGUGUCCGUUCUGCAACUUCCCGGCCAUCCGCUCGGAGCUGGCCAAGUUCGUCGAGUCGGACGACCCGUGCCCGAUGUGCAACAAGGGUCCGAUCGGCGCCGGCGAGCUGCGCAUCUUCCCGGACGCGGCCGUGUUCCUGCCGCUGAUGGGCGAGGAGUGAGCCGCCGGCCAGCACCCAGGCGCCUGGUCGGGCCGUGGCCGCCGCCGAAACGGCAGUGGUGCGGCAGCGGUCACCGCACGAGGCCGCGCCCGUCUACCGCCGAGUCACGCCAUUGCUGCCCGUGUUAUCUGUUGCGUUAUGUUCACGUAAUUUGCAUUGCAAUACACCA